GUGGGAAUGUGAGGCCACCAAACAGCAACCGUUCUGGCAGAGACUGAGGAAUGUGGGGGCGGGGAGGAGGCCUGACCUGGCCUGGAGGCUGAAGCCAGUAGCAAGCAGUUGCAGAGCCAGCAGACCUGGGCUCUUCCAGAGUCUAUGAGAAAGAUCUGAAUUAGAGAAGACUGGGCCAAGACUCGAGGAACAGGACUAAAAAGGCAGGAGUAGGAGAGAACAGGUGCCUACCUCCUUCCCUGCAGAAGUCCAGCCAUGUCUCAGCUCCAAGGACACAAGAAGGGAUGUGGGGCUCCAGGGCCUCUGGUGCGCAGCAUCCGGCCCUUCAAGUCCCGCGAACAGUACCUGGAAGCCAUGAAGGAAGACCUAGCUGAGUGGCUUCGGGAGCUCUACGGGCUAGACAUCGAUGCAGCCAACUUCCUGCAGGUGCUGGAAACCGGCCUGGUGCUGUGCCAACAUGCCAACAUGGUCACCGAGGCUGCUCUGGCCUUCUUGGCAGAGGCACCUGCCCAAGCCCAGAGGAUUCCCAUGCCUCAGUCAGGGGUUUCCUGUAAUAGGGCUGCCCAGCCAGGCACCUUCCAGGCCAGGGACAAUGUCUCCAACUUCAUCCGGUGGUGUCGAAAGGAGAUGGGUAUCCAAGAGGUGCUGAUGUUCGAGACAGAGGACCUGGUGCUGCGCAAGAACGUGAAGAACGUGGUGCUGUGCUUGCUGGAGCUGGGUCGCCGUGCCUGGCGCUUCGGCGUGGCGGCGCCCACCCUGGUGCUGCUGGAGGAGGAGAUCGAUGAGGAGUUACGCCAGGACCUGGCACUGCCUCCGCCAGACCCCCCGCGGCCCGCACGCCCCCUUCGCCGGCCCUGCCACUUCCGGAACCUGGACCAGAUGGUGCAGAACCUGGUGAGCCACUGCACAUGCCCAGUGCAGUUCUCCAUGGUCAAGGUGUCUGAAGGGAAGUACCGAGUGGGGGACUCCAACACCCUCAUCUUCAUCAGGAUCCUCCGGAGCCAUGUGAUGGUGCGUGUGGGAGGUGGCUGGGACACGCUUGGCCACUAUCUGGACAAACAUGACCCCUGCCGGUGCACAUCACUCUCGCACAAACCAGUCAGCUUCCUGAAGCCGCCAGCCCCACCAGUGCAGCACGAGGUGAGCAUGCAGGGUGGACCCUCCCUGCCCCAGCCUACAAUGACCAUCAGCCGCUCACAGAGCCCGCUUCCCCCCGUGGACUGGAAGACAUACACUGCUGCAGGCCGAAAGCUGAGACCACCCUCGUCCUCCUCCUCCCCCAGACCCUGCAGCAAGCAGAGAGCAGGGGCUCCGGUCCUCAGACAGAUGGCUCCAUUCGGAAGGUCCCAGGAAAGGCUGCUCACUUCGUCUGAGAGGCAGCUGCCAGCUGAUGACAGCCCACCCAGUCCACAAUUCUCACCCACUCAUAGGGACCAAGACCUAAAGUGCACCCCAUCAGGGAAGAGAGAUAUCAGACACUCCGGGGGACUCGCUAGCAGAAAGACUUCCACAUCUUGGGCUCACAAGGAGAUGGCUAGCCGAGGAACCUAUGCUGGGGCCUCCAACCCACAGGGACCCCAAGAUCCUCAAGCCACCACCAAAGGGGCAUCAAUAAGAGGACCAUCUCCCCUGCCUCAUUCCUCUGCUAAACUCCUCAUGCUGCCACCCCGGGGGGAGGCUGAGGGUGCAUCCCUCCAGCUCAGGGAGCCAGCAUCUGUCCAUUCUCCAUCCCCUGUCAAAGGGCUCACUAAGGUCCCCAUCAGGGUGCCACCUGCUUGCCCUCCCAGCCCAGGAAGCUUUCCAGGUACUCUAAGUAGAGGACACACAGCAGAGCGGAACAGAGGUCCCAGCCCAUUAAGGGAUGUCAUAGGAGACUUGGAUGGGUCCAAACAUGACAACUCUGUGGAAGGGAGGAGGCAGGGGGACCAGUGGGCAGACACUCAGGUCAUUGUAGAGGCUGGAAAGCCCUGGGACCUGGGCCCACAGGAGCUGAAGAGGAGGUGUACUCCCCUGGCCCUGCACAGGGCCAAGGAACAAACCACCUACCACAGCCUUGAGGAGGAGAUUGUGACCAACAUGAAGAGGUUAGAGAUGCAGGGUGCCCAUCCCCAAGGCACAGAGCCUCCAGCUGUCCCUCGAAGUGGAGUCUAUGUCCCCAGCCUGGGUGGGCAGUGGCCUGAGCCUGGGGGUCUUUAUGACCAAGUCAUCCAGGAACUGGCUCAGGGUCCCCCAUCCCUCCUUAAAGUGGACCUGGGAGCCUGGAAUGUGUCCCCUGCAGGCUCCUGUAAGCCAGCUGUUUCUGCAGGUCCACGAAACAUAAGCAAAAAACUAGGAGCCAGAGAGACUGGGCCAUUGACAAAGGCAAGACCAGGUGCCAAAGGCACAAAGAUGGGGAAGGUCUCACUUUCAGGAGGGCAGGACCGCUCAGCCCCUAAGGUGUCUACUAGCCCUGAGGUCUCCACACCUUUGCUUUCGGACCUCAGCUCUGACAAGGCCAAGGGAUGUCUGGGCAAAGGCAAGAGAACACUCCGGAAGCCCAAGAGGGUCCCAUCCAUCUACAAGCUGAAGCUGAGGCCCAGGAUCCGGCCACGGAGAGACCACAGACCUGAGAAGAAUCCUUCACGAAUCCCCAAGCCACUGGCCUACCUCUGCCUGAGUCUCCCUAGGGCACCACUCAAGGAGAGGCCAUUAAGAUCUGCCCUGGGCAAGAAGAGAAGAGAAGUAUCCCAGAUGGACAGAGUUUCAGCCAGUGAGAUGGAAGAAGGAAAAAAAGAGCCACCAGCUCCACGGAAGAAAAGCCCCCAGCCUUUGGGGGGCCGAGGCCCUCAGCAAGUUGAUCAAGCUCAGCCCCCCUCAGAGGAAUCCUGGGUCUGACGAGCCUGCAGGUAGAGAAAGAGUAGAGAAAAAUGGAUGCCCAUGUAUGCAAGGGCAGUACAAAGCUUCUGUCAUCUCAAUAGAUGAUGUUGGCCAGGAAGGUGUCCGUCAAGUAUAGACUCUGUUCUAUUGAACAAAAGGACAAUCAAUCACUUCCAUUCCAAUUCCAGAAUUAGCCAAAGGGUGGGGGGUGGCCUUGUAUCCUAAUGUAUUUCCAAGGUAAAGUUCCCCCAACUCCUUGCCUCUCACCAGGGCCACCUGCUCCCAAAACACCAAGUCAUCAAACACAUGUGAGUCUGUGCUAGAGGCCCCAGCAUCUGUCCUCCCCAACUCUAUGACUGUGGAGGUGUAGGAAAGUUUAGCCUCAAGGAUUAUCUCAGUGGAGGGAGUUGGGUGCGAGGGAAGGCUUCUCUCUGGAGACUCUGCCAACCUUGCCAAACAAGCUUCUUUCCUGGAAGUGGCUGGAAGCUCACGACCAUGGACAGAGACUCGAGCUUUAGGCUGCUGGGCUUGGGACCCAACCCAUUCAGGGGCAAGAGGGCUGGCUACUUCUAACGUAUCAGUGUCCCAGAAGUUACGCCUAAGAGGCCACAAGGCAUCAAUCCUGUGCAGGGAGAAAAUGCAGGAGAAAUGGGGAUUGGGUCUUGUUAUAAAAAGUUUGCAGCAAAAACAGCAAGUGAAAAAUGUUUCCUCCUGGUUUGGAAUUUGGUGGAAAUGGGAUCUGUCCCCAAACUCUCCUUUGAUCUCCUCAUUGACCUGAGCCUUGGGACUGGCAACCACUUCAUUGUCACCCUCCCACCACCCAGAGCUCAGCAGGCAGGCACUGUAGGGACACAUCCCCUGCUUCCAUUUGAAACAGAGUCAACACCUUGGUACAGAAACAAGGGAAACACUCCCUGAUGUUUAAUCUGACUUCCAACAACAGCCUAAUGGGCAUCGCGCACUUCCAGACCCUGUGGUGGGAAACCCUGGUGGGUGGUGGGAAGGACAGAGACUCCGAAUGGGUGUGGAGGGGCCUGAAACCCAAGACCUGGGAUGAAGUGCAGGGCUGUGGGGGGGAGGUUAAUGGGGGGUACACUCCAAUGGUUCCCACUGGGGGCAGCCAGAAGUCUGGGUCCCCCACCCUCACCUCAGGUGCCUCAAAGUUGGGAGGACACAGGAAAUGCUGCCACCUGUGGACCCCACCCCACUGGUGAACCAGGGGGUAAGGGUGCAAAGACAAGAGUGGGCAGCCCUCUUCCUUACCCUCCUGGCCACUCCAAAGUGUGUGUGUGGGGAGGGGAGCCACUUCCUCUGUUUCAGAGGGAGGCUCAGAGAGGGCAAGUCAUUUGCCCAAGUCAUGGAGCACAGCAGGGACUGAAGCCCAAUAUAAUGCUCUGCCCAAAGUCAGGGCAGCUGCUGUAGGGCUGUGCUGCCCCCAGUGAGAGGAGUGGAGAGCAGUGGGGGAAGCAGAAGAAUCAUCAAUCCUCCACACUGGAUCUCAAUGACACAUUCCCCACCUAUGACCUUCCCCCAGCCUCCUCUGCACCGACAUUCUGG